CAGUGCGUGUCCUCUGUGCCCUCCUGUCCUCUGUGUGUGUGUCCAUCUGUGUGCCACUGUGUUCCUCAGGAUUCCCACCUACACUGUCAGGAGAACUUCACUCGGUCGUCCAUCCCUGUGUGAAGAGGAGUCGAGCUUUUCCUCUUCGAGCCCAGCAGCAUCGACAGCAGGCCUCCACAUUCAGAAACUCAGAAAAGAGCCAAAAGUCCAUCAGGAUCAGACAAUGAGGAGCAGAGUGGGGCUGUGUGUGCUGGGCCUGCUGUGCCUCCACAGCUCAGUCUUCAGCCAGCCGGGUGUCCUGAUCUUCUGUGAUGACCCCACAGUGGAGAUGGCCAUCAACACCGCGGUGACCAAGUUCAAUGAGAGGUUAACUACUGGGCACAAGCUGGCCCUCUAUCAGAUACUGACAGCCAGCAAGUCAGAGAACGGCUCAGACUCGGUGUAUUCACUGCAGUUCACCAGCAGGAGGAGCGACUGUGCAGCAGGAAGCAGGAAACCCUGGACUGAAUGUGACUAUUUGCCCUCUGGACACAAGGAGCCCAUUUCCUGCAAUGCCACAGUCCUCAUGAAAGACUCAGACGCUGACACCACACAGGUGGACUGUCAGCUCGAUGAUUACAUUGUUCCAGAAAAAGCUCCGUGUUUGGGCUGCCCUGCGGAGAUUGAUUGGAACUCAGAGGAUCUUAUUCAUCCUCUUUAUGUCUCCAUCUCCAAAUAUAACUCCUUGUCUGACUCUACUCACCUGUUCACCCUGCAAAGCCUCGGCCACGCUACCAGACAGGUGGUUGCUGGUUUCAGGUUCAAGCUGAGAUUUGAUAUGACGAAGACCAAGUGCGCCAAAUCUGGACAUCAAGACCUGAACGAGCUGUGUGUCCCCGAUGAAGAGAACGCGGAGUUUGCUAAAUGUAACUCCACAGUGGACGUGGCACCGUGGAGACAUGAGACCCCACAGGCCCAUUUAGAGUGUGAACCAGGUGCACUGCCUAUGCUAUACACCAGGCGUCGUCCUCCCGGCUUCUCUCCACUCAGAAACCUUCUCUACAACGUUGCCUUGCCCCACUCAGCCCCCUCAGCUUCACCUUCACCUCCACCUCCACCCUCACCCCCACCCCCAUCACCCUCCCCCACAGCUUUGGCCCAGGAGGAGUCCUCUGAGGAGGACACCACGGCCCCUAAACCGACUGCCGCGGUUGUUGCUAUCACAGAGGAUGUGAAUGACAACCCCUUCCACUGCCCCUCCAAGCCCUGGAAAGCUUUCCAUCCCGCUAAAGAUGCUGCACCUACCGAGGCGACGGUGGAUGCUUCCCCACAGCCUUCAGCAGACGGACUCUUGAGUGACACAGACCUGCUGGGAUAAAUCUUUCCUCAAGAGAGCCACAUUUAUGUUAUCAAACCAAUCUCAGUUGUCACGCUCUUCCAACACAUUUUUUUUUCUUUUCUUUCCUUUUGCAGACAGGUUCUCUGUUACUGUAAAGUGAUUUCUUUUCAGAGGGAUCAUCUUCAGGGAUGCUAACCAGAUUUAAAUGAUUCAGGGAAAACAACCCAAUUUCCUCAGAAAGCACAGGAAGAAAGGGCUGGAAUGAUGACAGAACUCUAGACUUUAGAGCUCUUCUGUUAAUUACUGGUUAGAUCUGAAAAAGCAGCAUCAAUCCAGUUUCCUUUGAGUAAAUCUACUUAAUGGGUGAUUAAGUUCCCCUGAAAGGGACACUGGAAAUCUGUCAUUCUCAAGAGGGAAAACUCUCAAACCAGAAAUAAAACUGUGUUCUGUUU